CGUACUUCGGAGUUAGUCGCAUCGUUCGCGCCGUCCGCGCCACACGUUCUUCGACGCGCAGCCAACCAUGAUGCUGUUGGUGUUCCUUAUUGCCCUCGCCGCAGCGGCCGCACAAAACGACACGCAACCAGCACGAACGCUCACAACAGCGGCAGUGCGCCGCGAACAGUUCCGAGUUAUCUACGAAUGGACCUACAUCGAUUACGAAUGGGACUCUCAGGAACAACAAGAGGCCUUCCUCAAUACCAGCCGAUACAUACCACAAAACGUUCUAAUAUCUGGAAUAAACUUCUACGGAGAAAACCUGUUCCUGACGAUGCCGAGGCUGCUGGACGGGGUACCGGCAACCCUUGCCACGAUUCCGGUCAAGCAAAACAACACUGCUCCAAAACUGAAACCGUUCCCAAGUUGGAAUGAAAACGUAAUCGGCAACUGCAGUGCGUUGCAAUUUGUGCAAAAUGUUGAAAUCGACCGAAACGGUAUCAUGUGGAUUUUAGACAACGGCCGUGUAGGUACACUUACGCCGACCCCUGACUCUAAAUGCCCGCCGUCAAUUGUUUUAAUUGAUUUAAAGUCAGGAAAAAAUGAAAUGGAACGCAUUCCUUUUCCACCGGAAAUAGUGAACCCCAAUACUACUUAUUUAAAUGAUCUCGUCGUAGACAACAGGGAUGGUGAUUAUGCUUAUAUUACAGACAACAGCGCAGUAGAUCCAGGUAUAAUAGUUUUCCGUAGAAGUGACAAGAAGUCUUGGAAACUUCGCGACAGUCAGUCAAUGAUGUCAGUGCCUGAAGCAACAUUUUUCCGCAUCAAUGGAACCAAUGUAAAUUUACCAGUGAACAUCGACGGUAUUGCUUUGGGCCCGCAGUUCAAAAGAAACGACGACAAGGUCGAUAGGACUGUUUACUACAGCCCGCUUUCCAGUUUUAAUUUAUAUGCAAUUAAUGCUUCUGUUUUACGCAAUGAAUCUUUGGCUCAAAAUAACAAAAAUGAUCUUCGUCCUUAUGUAGUUGACUUGGGUACAAAGGCUUCACAGACCGACGGUAUGAAGAUGGACUCGACAGGGGUGCUAUUUUUCGGUCUAAUAGGAAACUCGACUAUUGCGGAAUGGAAUACAACCACUGAUUUCCGUACAGGUCAACGAACGAUUGCUCGCGAUCCUACUUACAUCCAGUGGAUCGACCGUUUUACAUUUGAUAAUCAAGGCAACACAUACGUGGUUGUAAACAGACUGUUCAACUUUGUGAAACAACAGGUGUCACUGAAGGAAGUUAAUUAUAGAAUCCUGAAGAGUUUUACGGGAUCGAAGAGUUACGUAUUCGGUAACGAUCUAACAUCGAUACAAUACAGCGCGGCGAUGAUGCCCACAGUGGGUGCAUCGCUGCUUAUGGUCGCAGUCAGCUUCCUGCUUGCCUAGUCCACGCCGAGGUUCUCGGUCUCGGUCCAAUCGUGACCCUGACCCUGAAAUCCACUGUUCAUUAUGCGACACUCGGACUGACUUUAAUUAUAGUAAUGCGUAACAUAACCAAAUAUUAAGUUACCUUGACCUCGAGGUCCUUCCAGUGAUAAUGCCUCUUAACAUAGAAUUUAUAUUUUCUAUAUAGCAUAGUAUUAUAGUGUUGUGACCUUUGAGCAAUUGUUUAUAGAUAAAGAUGGGUAAGGAGUAGGUGUUCAUUGCAGCGAUGCGAAAGUUCGAGGACGGGUUACCAAAUGCUGCGCCUCGCUCAACAAUAAACAUUCCAGCAUAGCAUGUAGGUGCAUCAUCGCACAAUAUUUAUUUAAAUCUUGUCCAUAUCAUUCUUACUAUAACGAAAUUAAUGUAAACAGAAAGAAUUAUAAACAUUGUAAAUGUUAGGCUCUCGGAUUAGAGAAGUAAUUCAGUUGAGACUAGGUAAUUAGUUGUAAUAUGUAAUAAAAAUACUUAAUUACGUGGGUUUUAGAUUGUAACGUACGUUUAACUUAAAUUGUAUAAUAAGUAGGUAUACAAUAAUGUAACUAAACUGUACGAAAGAUAUUGAUAUGUGAUCGUGACUGAGUUUGAAAUAUAAAUAAAUGUGUUUAAAAAUUU